AUGACCGCAGAGGUGCCACAAUCCGGUCUGCUGGCACUCGUUGAUGAGCUGCUCCUGUCGAUAAUCGACCAUUUAGAUUCUCGCGAUGCCCUCUGCAGCCUGGCAGCGUGUUGUCACCGCUUACAGGGUCUCACAGAACCGUAUAUUUGGCGGUUUCUGCUCGUAACUAGCGGGGACCGUGCGAGGAACAUAGCUGCGGCGCUUGACGUUCGCGAAACACGGUCGUCGUAUAUUCAAGAGUUAUCGAUACGGUAUCCGGAUUGCGACAGAGAGGGGAUCCAGGAGCUCAAUCACUUCAUUGUAUUGAUGGAUAAGCUCCGCCAUCUCACGAUUGAAUCACCCUGUCCGAACAACAGCGAGUGGAAGAGCGACGUGGAGUUUGAUGGCUGGACGCGAAUCGACUACAUGGCACUGUUGGAAGCAUCCGUAUACCCUCGGAAAGGGAUAUCGCCUACGCUGCCCAUGCUGCAAUCUCUUACGCUUCAUGGCCACGGUCCGGACGAAAGAAAAUUUACAUUCGGUCGUUGCGCUGUCGUUUUUCUACAUCCUACUUUGAAAUCAAUAACAAUAUCCUGCACCAAUUUUGAUGCCAAAAUUACGCACGCCGACAUCACAGACCAGCAAAGGCGAUCGACACCGCUGAAAUCCUUGACGCUUAUUGAGUGUAAUGUCAACGUUCGAUUCCUAGACGUAGUCCUUAGCCUUCCCAAAGCACUGAAGGAACUCGACAUCGGCGAGCGCCUGCAUGCAUUCCCAGGUUGCAUUCCCAGCACUGACAGCACAACCCGCACAUCACAGCCUGCUUUCCUUGAAGCAUUAAUUCGGCAAGCGGAUUCUCUUGAGCGCCUCUCCCACAUUGGCGGUGCCACGCAGUACCUCCCCACCAAGUACCCGACUUUCGAAGAUGACAGCGCCAGGCUGCGUCAUCUUUCGAACUUACGUUCUCUCUCGCUCGGCGUCGAGACUAUGCUUCUCGGUCACGUUCAGCGUGACGACUAUUCAGCUUCUCUCCGUGAGCUCAAAGUGCUGGAUGUAUCCUGGGCCAACAACCUAAAAGGCGUAUCUGAAGACACGCUGAGGCACCCUGGACGUGUGCUUCGCCACUGCACCGAUGUGAUCAAAGGCAUGACCCGGCCUGUUGAUCUCUCAAUCGUCUUUAGCAAUCCAAACCCGGAGCAGAUCCUCUCUACGAUACCCACAGCCAACAUCGCCCUCGUCUUGCAAACCAUUAUCGAUGGACCGCUGCGCACACCGAUGUAUACUUUGUCUUCACUGUUGCGUUCUUCGAAUCGUCGCUUGGCGCUCCUCACAUCUAGAUUCUCGACCAAGCAAUCUUAUAUUCCACCCUACAUGUAUGGUGAAGAAGUACCGUUCGAAGAGAAGUUCUACGACUCAGACGACUUUUGGCGAGUGUCCGGGCUGAACUUUAGAGUCAUGGAUGACGAGGUUUUUGUUGAAGAAGUCAAGAAGAAGCCGAAGAUGGUUUGCGCCGGGUGUAAGGACCGCAUGGGCAGGUCGGAAUGUUUCAAUGCGGGGGAUGGGAGUAUAUGCAUCCAUUGUGAGCGGGAUAUGAGGGAUGGUGGUAUAGAUGGGAAUGAUAUCCAGUGUGCGUAUGAUGUGGAUACUUGCGCGUAG